AGGAGACGACAGUUUUUUGUUUUUGGCGGUAGAACGACCAAAUGUCCGCCUCCGACAUUCGAUUCAUGGAGAUGGCCAUUAGCCAGGCACAGCGAUCGGAACCAGUUCCGAGUGCGUACUGCGUAGGAGCUGUUCUGGUCAAGGAUAACAAAGUACUGGCUACUGGCUAUUCCCGCGAACUGCCUGGCAAUACACACGCAGAAGAAUGUUGCUUGCUCAAAUUGAGCAACAUGGCAGUGGCAGAAGGAGCAACCAUAUACACUACUAUGGAACCUUGUGGGGAACGCCUGUCCGGAAACACCCCAUGUGCUCACCGACUUGUCGAUGCAAAGGUAGCACGGGUUGUCAUGGGGGUCAAAGAACCUCCCAGCUUCAUCGCAGAAUGUCAGGGAAGUGCGCUGUUGAGAGAUAACGGGAUUACCGUUGACUACUUGGCCGGAUUCGAGGAGGCGUGCUUGGCGCCAAACAAGCAUGUCAUCUAGCUAACGAAGGAUAUGAAGUGGUGUAUCUCUCCAUUCCGACCCUUGCUGGCUUCCUUAUACAUUAAACUGUUGAGUAAAUAGUCUGUACAUAGAGCUCUGAUCGAGCUAGAUCCGUUAUUCUUACAAGCAGAAAGGUAAAAGCGAGCUACUGUCUCUAAGUCUCCAUAGCAAUACUAUCGGCAGAAGCACCUCGAUCCACAUCCAUACUUUCGCCAAAGGCGUUGAACAUAAACUGUUGUUGGUACUCCUUGAGAUCUAUAG